GCCUGUUUGGCAAGUGUCGUUCUACAUGAUAGGGUGAAGUUCACAACACUCUCAUUUGGCUGGCUGCUUCUCGACCUGAUCAGCUGCAGGCAACACAAAAACUCUAUCAUGCCUGCUCCUUUCGUGAAACAUCCUGCAAAGUGGAAUACCAUGCUCAGCAUUUAAAGUUCUGAAGUGCAUUGAUGAAAAUAAAGAGAGCAAUGGGAAAUACUAUGAAAACAACAAGAGCCCCGGCAGAAAUAAACGUGCCAUCCCAAACUGGUCAGGAGAGCGAUAUCCUUGCUGUCCUCUGUGAUUAUCCCUCCCCGGAUAUAAGCCAGCCAAUAUUUCACACAGGAGAGAAACUACGUGUGAUAUCAGAUGAAGGAGGUUGGUGGAGAGUCCAUUCCCUCACUACCGGUCGAGAAAACUAUAUUCCAGGAAAAUGCGUAGCAAAAGUUUACCAUGGCUGGUUAUUUGAAGGGCUGGGAAGAGAAAAAGCAGAGGAACUUCUACAGCUUCCCGACACCAAGGUUGGCGCCUUCAUGAUUAGAGAGAGCGAAACUAGGAAAGGAUUAUAUUCAUUGUCAGUCCGGCACAGGCAAGUGAAACAUUAUAGGAUCUUCCGCUUGCCGAAUAACUGGUAUUACAUCUCUCCACGGCAAACAUUUCAGUGCCUUGAGGACCUUGUGAAUCACUAUUCAGGUAAGUCCCUUGAGACUUGUAACUGCAGGAACACAAUAUGUUUCACCAGCAAUGGUAAAAUAUCAUGCAGUGCAUGGCACAGGGGAUCCUGGGACCUGACUGGGGAUCUUAGGUGUUACUGUAGUACAAAAUAAAUAAUAAUACUAAUGAUGAAUAAUAGAGAAAUUUGGCUUCUGCCCACUGUACUUAG